AUGAGUGGCACAACUAGCGAGGCGGAGACAAUCGUGUCGAGCCCCCUGGGCCCUAGCCCGUUGGUAUUCAACGACCCAAACGAUCACGAAAAUCCCAAGAAUUGGUCAUUACUGAGAAGGCUGUUUAUUACUUUCAUAUGGAUAGCGGGAAACUUGGUAGCCUCGGUGUCCUCCAGCAUUUUCAGCAGCGGCGCUCAAGCAAUCAGCGAAGAGUUUGGCGUGGGACCAGAGGUUGUUACUCUCGGAGUCAGCCUCUUUGUUGUCGGCUAUUCCGUUGGACCGCCUUUCUGGAGCCCGAUAUCUGAACAGUUUGGAAGACGAUACCCAAUGCUUGCGGGCAUGGCCCUCUUCACCAUCUUCUGCAUCCCGGUUGCCGUUGGAAAGAACUUGCAAACGAUUCUCGUCGGACGAUUCUUGUGCGGAGUAACUGGUGUAGCGCCCAUCGCUCUCUUUGGUGGUGGCCUAGUCGAUAUCUGGCACCCAGAGCAGCGUGCAAUUGCCAUGGCUACCGUCGUUGGCAUAGUUCUUGGUGGCCCUUUGCUGGCUCCGGUCAUGGGGAACUUUAUCACUGCUAGUCAUCUAGGCUGGCGGUGGACUGGCUGGCUAAGCUGCAUCAUGGGAGGAUCAUGUACAGUUCUCGUUUUCUUUGGACUGCCAGAGACAUAUGCCUCUAUAAUUCUGCAGAGGAGGCAAAGGCUGGACCCGGCUUUUAAGAAUGCACCAAAGGAAACGGGGAAAUGGCGUAAAUUUGUCCGUGUCUAUUUGGUUCGACCCUUUGUACUCCUUGGAACCGAACCCAUCCUCGUUCUCAUGACUCUCUACCAGGCAUUUGUCUAUGGAAUUCUAUACAUUGUCUUCUCGUCAUAUCCCAUCAUCUUCCGCGAACAGCGCCACUGGAAGCUUGGCUUGUCAUCGCUUCCCUUCUUAGGAAUGAUGGUUGGUGUUUUCAUCGGAUCUGCCAUGAUUGUCACACGUACAGUAAUAGCUCAGCAUGCCAGCCGCAAGAAGAUGGCUGAAGAUCCCUCUGGAACCCCACCACCACAAGCACCUGAACGACGUCUACCGCUGAUGAUGGCCGGCAGCGUUCUUCUCCCCAUUGGACUAUUCAUUUUCGGAUGGACCUCUGCUCCCAACAUUCCCUGGGUCGGAAUGAUCAUUGGCAGUCUAUUUGUCGGAUCUGGCUUACUGUGUGUCUUUGUCACGGCGAUGACAUAUAUCCUAGAUGUCUAUUCACACGUCGCAAAUAGCGCUCUAGGAGCAAACACUAUCGUACGGUCCCUAUUCGCCGCCGGGUUUCCAUUAUUUGCGAGUUACAUGUAUCACGGGCUUGGUGUGGCGUGGGCGUCAAGCGUUCUUGGUUUUGUCAGUGUUGCAAUGAUUCCAAUCCCAAUCAUCUUUUACAAAUAUGGACCACGCAUCAGAGCGCUUUCUAAAAAUUUGAUGGUAUGA